AUGUCUGCUCCUCCGCCCAAGGGUAUCUACGUGCCCGUUCCCACGUUCUUCGCUUCUAAGAAGACUGCCAACUACAAUGCCAUUACCCCUCCCAUCGAUGUUGAAACACAGGUUGCUCAUUCUGUCUACCUGGCCAAGAAUGGAAUCAAGGGUCUAGUCGUCCUCGGUAGCACAGGCGAAGCUGUUCAUAUUCACCCUAGAGAUCGCCACGCCAUUCUCAGUGGUAUCAAGGCUGGUCUUGAGAAGGAGGGUUUCAAGGAUUAUCCCAUUAUUGCGGGCACAGCGACAAACAGCGUCGAAGAGACUGUUGAACAACUCAAGGAUGCUCAAAAAUCGGGUUCCCAAUGGGGACUGUGCCUCGUUCCUGGGUACAAUGCCGGUGCAGUUACACAGGAGGGUAUUAUCCAAUGGUUCACAGCAGUUGCUGACCAAAGUCCCAUUCCUGUCAUGAUCUACCAUUACCCCGGAGUCUCAAACAACGUCAAAGUUGCACCUUCGACAUAUGCCACGCUUGCAAAGCACUCCAACAUUGUCGGCUGCAAGCUCUCCCAUGGAGAUGUCUCGGUAGCCGCUCAGGUUGCUUCCAACCCAUCCAUCGAUCACACCCACUUCCACUGUUUUACAGGCCUCGGUCAACAGCUCCUACCUGUUAUCUCAGUUGGCUUUGCCGGCGCCAUUGAUGGCUCAGCGGGUUUCUUCCCCAAGUCACUGGUGCGACUUUUCGAGCUGUCGUCCAAGACACAGCCUACAGAUGCUGAGAUCCAGGAGCGAAGACUGCUGCAGUUCAAGGUUAGCUCAAUGGAGGAGCUUGUGGUCAAGUUUGGUACUGUGGGUAUCAAGGAUGCUAUUAGCAGGCUGAGAGGCUUUGGAGAUACAGACGGUACGAGGUUGCCGCUCGUCGGUGGUAUUCCUGGUGGUGAUGCUGAGUGGGCGAAGUGGAAGGGAGUCAUUGAUGCAGUUGAUGAGGUUGAGAAGUCGCUAUAA